UCAGAGAGGAGGAGGAGAGAUUCAGGGAGGAGCUGAGCUGUUACUGAACUAGAAGAGAGAGAAACCUCCACAUUCAACAGAGUUCAGCACACAAACCAUAAACUUUACCUUCAUUCAACAUGUUGUCUUUGGACUAUUAUGCACUUUCUUUACUGAUUCUCACCAUUCUAACAGGUGUCAGCUGUGAAGAUCUCACUCCAACCAACAAAGAAGUGUUCAGUGUAGAAGGCAGCACUGUUACUCUGUCCUAUAGAUUAUCCAGAGAAGCAACUGGAAAUGAUAAUUUCUACUGGUAUCGACAGUAUCCUGGAAAACCACCAGAGUUCCUGAUCUAUCAUUUAUCAUCAGGAAAAGUAAUGAAAGAAGAAAUCUCUGGACUGUCUGUUAAUGUGAGUGAAGAUAAAACACUGAUGACUCUUCAGAUCUCCUCUGCUGCAGUGACUGACUCUGCUGUGUACUACUGUGCUCUGCAGCCCACACAACCCAACGCACUGAUAAAACACGGCCUAUCACAAGGAGACGUUGUCCAACAUUGUGAGCACUCUCGAGUUCAACACAAAACAAACUUUAUGUUCCUCAACAUGCUGUCAUUACAUCACUGUGUGUUUCCUCUGAUUCUUCUCACUCUCACAGGUGUCAGCUGUGAUCAACUCACUCCAGUCAAAGAUGAAGAGUCCAGUGUAGAAGGCAGCACAGUUACUCUGUCCUACAAAUACACCACAGGUGCUACUUAUUUCUUCUGGUAUCGACAACAUCCAGGAAAAUCUCCAGAGUUCCUGAUCUCACACUCACCUUCAGGGUCAGUAGGAGUAGAAAAAAUUCCUGGAUUGAAGAUUCAAGUGAAUGGAAACCAAAUCAACAUGAGCAUCUCCUCUGCUGCAGUGACAGACUCUGCUGUGUACUACUGUGCUGUGAGGCCCACAGUGACAGGAAACACCAAAACUCUGUACAAAAACCUUUGGAGCAAAGACAACAGAAUACUCCACAACAUCCACUAGAGGGAGCCACACACUGUUAAA